AUGAAUUGCCCAUCUCGCCCCGACAACAUCGAGGGUCACCCAGACUGGAAUCAGAAUCCCCAUGACUUGAGCUCGGAUCUGACCACCAGGGCCGAUCUGAACGGCAUUGUCAACUUGCGGGAACAACGAGAGAAUGAAUCAAGUCUUGCCAACGAUCAACAAGAGCAAAUCAGCCUCGUCCCAAAUGACAACCCCGAGUCACUAUCGGCGGGCAUCAAGUCCCCGCCCUUUGCCAAUGUUGAUCCGAUCAAGCAAGAGUCCGCCAGCAACGCGACCGUGACCCAGACUCCUGCCACAUCGGCCUUUCAACCAAACCAUGCACGACCAUUUUCCAAGUCGUCGAGCAAACCAUUCCUGGUGCUGGAUAAGAUCAUCACCACCUUGCGAAAGUAUCUCAAGUUCGUCGGUCCAGGUUUUCUCAUUGCCGUGGCCUACAUUGAUCCUGGAAAUUACGCCACCGAUGUCGAGGCCGGCGCCGCCACUCACUUCCGUCAUCUGUUCAUCAUCUUGAUGUCCAACCUGUUCGCCAUUUUCCUGCAGUCUCUGUGUAUCAAACUCGGCAGUGUCACCGGCCUGAAUCUGGCCGAGAACUGCAGAAAGCACCUCCCAAGAUGGCUCACCAUCACUCUCUAUAUCUUUGCCGAAGCCGCGAUUAUUGCCACGGAUAUUGCUGAAGUAAGUGGCUCUCGACACCAAGAUGCUAAUAAUUUCACGCUGAUCAGUUGCCAGGUCAUUGGUUCGGCCAUUGCUCUGAACCUCUUGUUCCACAUCCCUCUGGUGGCGGGAUGUGCCAUCACGCUCGUCGACGUUCUCGUCCUACUACUCUUCUACCGCCCUGACGGCUCCAUGGUUCGUUUGCGAUUGUUUGAGUAUUUUGUCAUGAGUCUAGUCCUGGGAGUCAUGGUGUGCUUCUGCAUUCAACUGUCCUACAUUAAGGAUACUAGUGUGGGAGAAGUCUUCAGGGGCUACCUCCCUUCUUCGGCCAUAGUCGAGGGCAAUGGUAUAUACCUGUCCUGUGGCAUCAUCGGUGCUACAGUCAUGCCCCAUUCCAUCUUCCUUGGUUCGGGUGUCGUCCAGCCCAGGUUGAAGCAGUUUGACCAACAGAAUGGUCACAUCCCCUUGCCUGAAGACUCCGACGACGAGGAAGAGAAAUACGUGCCAUCCAUCUAUGCCAUCAAGGCAUGCCUCAAGUACUCCAUCGUGGAACUAGCCACAUCCCUCUUCACUUUUGCCCUCUUCAUCAAUUCCGCCAUCCUCAUCGUCUCCGGCGCCUCUCUCUACCCAAAGACCGAGGCCACCGAGGCUGAUCUGUUCGGUAUUUACAACCUAUUGAGCGAAAAUCUCUCAAAGGUUGCUGGCACCUUAUUCGCCAUUGCCCUUCUGCUUUCCGGAACCUCCGCUGGAAUUGUAUGUACCAUGGCCGGCCAGAUGGUCUCGGAGGGCAUGUUGCACUGGACCCUAAGACCCUGGGUGCGCAGGUUGAUCACCAGAGCCAUCAGCAUCGUACCCAGUAUCAUCAUUGCGGGUGCUAUUGGUCGAGAAGGUCUGAAUCAGGCCCUCACGGCAAGUCAGGUCUGUCUGAGUGUCAUCCUGCCCUUUGUCACCGCCCCAUUGAUUUGGUUUACUUGUCGAACCCAUGUCAUGACCGUUCGAACUGUUCAAGGUGAGCAAAGUGGCCAGGACGUCAAUAUGCGGAACAAUUGGUUGACUGCGACACUGGCUGUGCUCAUUUGGCUUGUGCUUGUGGUGAUGAACGUGGCACUGUUGGUUCUCGUUGGUCUUGGAAAAGCCUAA